AGUAAAUAAAAGAAUACGCAAUAGUAUCGAAACAAUCUCGAGUUCUUACAUCUCUAACUAGAAAGAAAACGAACCAUUUCAUAUGAUUUUAAAAUAUUUGUAUACGGUUGGCUUAAAUGUUACAAAAUCGGUCAGCGAUGGCGUCACCAAAGUGUCGUGUUUGCCUGAGUAGAAAUGGAAAUUUGGUCAAUGUCAAUAUUAUUUCGCAGUUCAGCUGUUCUAAAAAUAAAAGGCGGAAUUCUUUUCCCUUAACCAUUUGCACUUCCUGCCUGCAUAAAGGGACUCAAUCAAAGGCAGAAUUAGUCGAUGAUGUGGAAGAAAAUAAGGUACCACAUGAAGAGCCGUUCCAGUUUCAGGUGAAGAACGGGCCCCUGAAUGAAGAUAUAUUUGACUAUCGGCAGAAUGACCAAUUUAAGGACAAAGAGGUGGAUGAUUUGGAGGAACCACAUACAAAACUUUUACAGGUGAAGAACGAGCCACUACAAGACGACGAAUUCGAGGAAGAAAACAUUCUUAUUUCAAGCAUCGACAUUGAGGAGUUGGUAGACGAAGUUAAAAUCGAAGAGAUAGAAUACGGCGAUGAAGAAAUAAAAGAGGACGAGAGUCACACUCUAGAGACUCACUAUGGCGAGAGUAAUAUGAAAUGCUAUGCUUGUCUAAAGACUUUUAUAACUAAAUCUGAACUUAAGGAGCACUUGCAAACCCACGAAAAGUAUCGUGCGUUCCAGUGCUCACACUGCUCAAAGGCUUAUACAACGAAUUUGGGUCUAAGAAAUCAUUUGCGCACUCACACAGUAGGACUGCUCAAGUGUUCCCACUGCGAAGAAACUUUUAAAAAAAUAUCAAGUCUUAGAACCCACUUGAAAACGCACACUAGUGAACCAUUGUUCAAGUGCUCCUUCUGUUUUAUGCCUUUUAUUAACACGUCAUGUCUUCAGGCGCAUAUGGAAACCCACAAAGGAAAGUUCGAGUGUUCCCAUUGUUCAAUGACUUUUACCUUAUACUAUGUUUUUCAGAAGCACUUGCGAACCCACAGAGAACGUCGAUCGUUCCAAUGUUCCCAAUGUCCAGCGAGAUUUUCACAAUAUUCAAGUCGUAUUAGACACGAAGUAAUUCACUCUGAACUACGGCCGUUCAAGUGUACCCAUACCGACUGCUCAAUGUCUUUCAAACGGAGGCAGUGUCUUCAGAAACACCUGAAAUCGCACUCAGGAGAACGAUUGGAAAUGUGUCCCCAAUGUCCAAAAACUUUCGUUUAUUCUGAAAGCCUUCUGCGACACAAGCGAAAGCACUGCGAAAAGUCUCUUACCCAGAAACCGAAUCAUAAACGACGGUUCCAGUGCUCUCAGUGCUCAAUGUCUUUUGUAAGGAAGUCUUAUCUUCGGAGCCACCUGGAAUCCCACCCAAAAUUCGAGUCUUCAGUCACACUUGGAAACUCACAUAGGACAGUAAAAGUGUUCCCAGUGCCCAAAGAUGUUUCCCAGUAAUCUACAUCUUAAAAGGCACAUACACACGCACUCAGAAGAUCUCUUUAAGUGCUCCCACUGCCCAAGGGCGUUCAGCGAGAUUCACUAUCUUCAGACACAUUUGCAAAUGCACACAGGAUAACAUCCGUUUAAGUGUUAAAGGGAAUGAAAUGGUUAUAGAAGAAUAAACUGUGAUUUUUAAUUUUA